AUGGGCAAGCACUACUGCGAUUACUGCGACGUGUACCUCACGCACGAUUCGACCUCAGGUGAGCUUUGAUGCAUCACAUCACUCUCUCACCAAUCGCAAGAGCGCAUCCAUUCCCUCCCACUCACCUCCUCUCCUCAUCACUCCAUCCCCCACAUUUCGCCGCGCAGUCCGUAAAGCGCACAAUUCGGGCAGAAAUCAUAUGCAAAAUGUGAGGGAUUAUUAUCAGGGACUGGAUCCUGCCAAAGUGCAAGGAAUCUUGGCGGACGUGACCAGAGCGUACGAAGAGGUCGGAUUGACCAGACCCACGGAGGCGAUGGGUGGGAUGGGCCCCGCUUCGGGCGGAGGAGGCGGGGGAGGAUUUGGAGGUGGAGGUGAGUGCAUGCUACGAUGGGGAAAUGCGUGCAUACAUGCAUGCAUGCCUGCUCCUCUGAGCCUUUUGCAAGUACGCCUUUACUUUAUCUAACGCUCGCGUUCCUUCUGAUAUAUUAGGCUAUCGACCCCCUUUCAGACCGCCUAUGGGUCCGGGCGGGCCGAACGGUUACGGACCACCAGGCGGAGGGUACGGCUACCGACCUCCAGGCGGUCCAGGUCCUGGCGGUCCAGGUCCUUCAGGAGGACAGUUCGGUCCACCACCAGGCUACGGUCGACCUCCACCAGGAAUGGGUAUGGGCGUAGGCGGUCCGUCGGGAGGACCUCCUCCGAUGGGUAUGCAUGGUCAAGGACCGCCUUCGGGACCUCCUCCGCUUGGCAUGGCUAGACCUCCCCCCAACUUUGGUCCCCCGCCCGGAUUUGGAAGGUAG